CCGAAACUCCAUAAACUCACAAGUUUUUUUUUAAUAGAAUGACGUUCUCUUCUUUUUUCUUUCUUUUUUCUUUUGGAAAAAAUCAAGUUUGCUUUGAUAAUCAUAACGAUUGAAAAUAAAGUCUUAUAUCACAACUCAUGAGUAAGUUAGCUCUUCGUAAAUUAUGCCUUACUCGAUCUUUGCCUCCUCUCUAUCCCUUUAUAACUACCGUCUGUUGAAGAGCUAGUUUACACAUCUAGGUACCGCUAUUAAUUCCUCCUCCCUGCUGCGUGUGCACGUGCAUCUUUAUUCCCGUUUUGCCUUUCCUUUUUGGGUGGUUUGUAUCAAGAUAACAUGAUGAGGUGGUUAUCAACGUUGGGGAAGAGCUUCCAAGUGAGGAGGCAAAUGCCGGAUCUAGUUCGCCCUACGAGACCAACACCACGCGAGGUGAAACUUUUAUCUGAUAUUGACGACCAAAGUGGGCUACGAAGUCAAGUUCCCUGUCUAUAUUUUUAUAAAGGAAGAGAAAAUCAUGACGGUCGUCGUAAUAACAAGGAAGAGGAUCCCGUGAAAGUAAUUAAAGCGGCUCUAGCGGAAACAUUAGUACCUUACUAUCCGUACGCUGGACGAUUGAGAGAAGGACCUGGAAAGAAACUAGCGGUGGAUUGUACCGGCGAAGGCGUGAUGUUUAUCGAAGCCGAUGCGGACUUUACACUCGAGGACUUUGGGGAGGAGGUUCAACCACCAUUCCCGUACUGGGAGGAGCUGCUGCACGAGGGUCCUGGUUCUACUGAAUUUCUCCAUUCCCCUUUGAUUCUUAUACAGGUGACACGUCUCCGAUGUGGCGGUUUCAUCUUCGGCUUCCGCUUCAAUCACGCCAUGUCAGAUGGUACGGGAAUGGGGCAAUUCACAGCAGCCAUGGCUGAGAUCGCAGGAGGAGCCUCCGCCCCGUCGAUAACUCCGGUGUGGAGGAGAGAGCUUUUGAGCGCCAGAGACCCUCCGCGAGUAACUUGCAUCCACCGAGAAUACGACGACACUUCAACCACAAAACUCCAAACGAAUCCAUUCGGGUCGGCUACCGACUUGGUCGACAGAUCAGUCUUCCUUAGCCUUGCCAAAAUCUCCGCCCUACGCACCUCACUGCCGCCUCACCUCCGCCUCAAGUGCUCCAAUUUCGAUGUCCUCACCGCCUGGUUGUGGCGCUGCCGCACCACUGCCCUCCAACUCGACCCGGAAGAGGAAGUCAGGCUCAUGAUAGCUGUGAACUCUCGGCCCCGGUUCAAUCCGCCCUUGCCUAGAGGCUACUACGGCUGCGCAAUUGGCUUACCGGUGGCGCUGACCACCGCACAAGAAUUGAUCCAGAACCCUCUCGAGUACGCCGUGGAUCUGGUGAUGAAGGCCAAAUCACAAGUGACGGAGGAGUACAUGAAGUCGGCUGCCGACCUGAUGGUUCUGAAAGGGCGACCCAAAUUCACGGUGGCAUCCACCUUCUGGGUGUCCGACCUCAGAAGGUUUCAAUUCCAUGAGUUAGAUUUCGGGUGGGGAAAACCCAUUUACGGUGGCCCCGCCAGACUUCGGCCGGCCAUGAAAAUACUUUCCUAUUACACCAACAAAACCAACAAGGCAGGGGAGGAAGGAAUCAGUGUUUUUCUUUGCUUACCAAAAUUUGCCAUGGAAAAGCUCACCGGAGAGAUUGAUCGGAUUGGGCGGUGAAAACUAAUUAUCACAUUAAAAUUUGCUUUAACUAAUUUACUACUGCUUCUCUAUGUUCCAAAAUUGUAAGGUGUUUGUUUUCUUGGUGUGUGUUUGUGUGUUUUUUCUCUCUUUUCUUUUUUUCUUUUUUUUUUAAUUAAAAAAAUGAAAUGCACUCCAAUAAUGGUAACUAGAUACUCCCUUCAUUCCAAAAUAAGUGUCAUUUUGGUAAAAUAGAGAAAUUCCAAAAUAAGUGUUGUUUUCAGAUUCCAAUGUAUUUUUUGUCAAAAAUUUCUAAAUAUACCCUCAAAAGAAAUAAUAU